AUGUUGCUGACCAGUGGCCGAGUGAAGCGGAAAAAUGCGACGCCGACACAAAAGACCAAUCAAACAAAGGCGUCAGUGGUGGACCAGCUUGAGGAGGCUUUACAGGCGCGGGAUUUCUCCAAGGCCACCACAAUGUUAGAGUUUUACAAGACAACAAAUCAGCCUGUUGGUGAUCUAUCCAUCAAUCCCUGGCUGGCGUAUAGUGCGUUCCACAUGAACGACGUAGGAAAGGCUCUUGAUGUCUACAAGGAGUUAUUAUCUCUUGAGAAUUGUGACCCCAUGCACCAUAUCCAUAUGGGAUGCUGCCACUUUGUUAAUGGAUCCUACAAGGAGGCGGAGGAGUGCGCGUUAAAGGGACCCAAUUGCUCUCUGCAAACACGUCUGAUGUUUCAUAUUGCACAAAAAUUAUAUGAUGAGGACAAGUUGCUUAUUUACCAUCAAAAGUUGAAGGACACGGUGGAGGAUCAACUUUCACUAGCCGCAGUACAUUACUAUCGUGGUCAUUUUCAAGAAGCUAUUGAUGUUUACAAACGAAUUUUGCUUGAAACUCGAGAGUACGUGGCCCUGAACGUGUAUGUUGCAAUGUGCUACUAUAAGAUGGACUACUAUGAUGUUAGUCUCGAGGUGUUAAAUGUGUACUUGCAAACACACAGCAACAGUGCGACGGCCAUCAACUUGAAAGCGUGCAACCACUACCGUCUCUACAAUGGUAAGGCUGCAGAGGGGGAGCUACGGGUACUUAUUGACUUGCAGCGGUCUACCUACAAUGUAGAAAACGAUAUAGUAAAACACAACUUGGUGGUAUUUCGCAAUGGUGAUGACGCACUUCAGGCAUUGCUGCCGCUGCUUAACGUUGUGCCCGAGGCAAGGCUGAAUCUUGUUAUUUAUCAACUGCGUCACGAUCAAUUUGAAGAGGCGUACGAGCUGAUCAAAGACCUUGAGCCUGUUUCUUCACCCGAGUACAUUUUGAAGGGUGUUGUUAACGCUCUAAUUGGUCAAAAACUUGAGUCUGAGGAACACCUGAAGCUCACCCGGGAGUAUUUCAACCUUAUAGGCACGGCUCAGUCUGAGUGUGACACCAUCCCUGGGCGACAGUGCAUGGCGUCAUACUUCUUUUUACACCGUGACUUUCCCAACGUACUCCUCUAUCUGCGCUCGAUCAAACCCUACUUUUUGAACGACGACACAUUCUUAUAUCUGUACGGUAUUGCUUGUGCCGGCACCGGUAACUUUGCCGAGGCGGAGGAGUCUCUCACUGCGGUUCGCUCCGAAAAGGUGAAGGCGGAGUUUAGCUACACCAGCUGGCUAAUGCGCUCUCACAUCAUGAAUAAGCACGCAAAGCGAGCCUGGGAUAUUUACCUAAAAAUGGAGACAAGUGCAGAGUCCUUUAACAUUUUGCAGCCCAUGGCAAACGACUGUUACAAAGUCUGCGCUUUUUACUACGCUGCCAAAGCCUUUGACGUUCUCGAACGUCUUGACAACGCCCCUGAGUACAUUGAGGGCAAAAAGGGCGCUUGCAUUGGUGUCUUUCAACAGGUGUUUGCCAAUCAGGAGCCAGUGGACUCGCUUUUUGAUGUUGUGAAGAUGCUGGAGUCAAGUGUGCAGCAGCACGCCAGCGAGCCACAGAUUGCUCAGCAGUUUGAAAGCAUUCUGAAGGUGAUAAAGGAUUGGCUCAAGGAGAGCAAAGUUAGGCGCAAGUAG